UGAUUGCCCCGGAAAGUACUAGAAUCUUCCUUCGAAUCCUUUAAAUACGCAACCCUAUCCCACCUUCACCAAACAAGAAAUACAAGAAGUAGGUUUAAUUCUCAAAAUACCAGCCGUCAAAGCAGUUCCAAGAAAUUGAAAAGAAAAUGUCUCUGAUUCCAAUUUUCUUCGUCAACCGACAAGGCAAUAACUCUGAUUCAUUCUCUGCAGAUGUAUGGAGCAACCGACAAGGCAAUGGCAAUAACUUUGAUUCAUUCUCUGCAGAUGUAUGGAGCAACCGACAAGGCAAUAACUUUGAUUCAUUCUCUGUAGAUGUAUGGGAUCCCUUCAAGGAUUUCCCAUCACUCUCCCAAAAGAACUCCGAUUUUGUCUACGCUCGUGUUGACUGGAAGGAGACCCCGGAAGCCCAUGUGUUCACGAUCUACUAUCUAGACAUGACGAAGGAGGAAGUGAAAGUGGAGAUUGAAGAUAACAGGGUGCUUCAUAUCAGCGGGGAGAGGAAUGUUGAGAAGGACAAGAAUGACACGAGGCUUGUCAUGAAGCGGAGAAGUGGCAAGUUCUCGAGGAGGUUUAGCUUCAUGGAGAAGGUGAAGAUGGAUCAAGUUAAAGCUUCUAUGGAAAAAGGGGAUCUCACCGUCACUGUUCCUAAAGUUGAAGUGGAAAAGCCUAAUUUCAAGACCAUUCACCAUUCAUAUGUCUGAUUGAAGUUUUAAGUGUCUUAAACAUGAAAAAUCCGAUAAAUAUGUUUUAAGGAAUUGGUGGUCGCAGUUAAUGUCGGAAGUUCAGUAGAAUAUGAAAUAUCCUAGAAAUAUGUUUUUAAGGAAUUGAAAAUUGUCAGUAGAUUAUAUAAUUACUGGUUCAAAUGUUUAAGAAUGUAAUCAGAAUUCUAGUAAUGAAAUUGGGAGUUGUUCUUAAUCAUGUUUUUAUUGCAGUAAUUAAUUG